GCGGGCGGGUCGCGGGAUUAAUAGCAGGCCUGUGCGAUAUGGCAUCCAACUACAAGAAACCAUCGCUAGGAGUGACAACUCAGAGGAAAAAGACUGUCCCAAAGCCGGAAAUGACUGAGGAGCAGAAGCAAGAGAUUCGAGAGGCUUUUGAUCUGUUCGAUACUGAUGGCACAGGAACGAUCGAUGUUAAAGAACUAAAGGUUGCCAUGCGAGCCCUUGGAUUUGAGCCCAAGAAGGAGGAAAUUAAGAAGAUGAUUUCAGAUAUUGAUAAGGAGGGGACGGGCAAAAUCAGCUUCAGUGAUUUCCUGUCUUCGAUGACCCAGAAGAUGGCCGAAAAAGAUUCAAAAGAAGAGAUCAUGAAAGCUUUUCGGUUGUUUGAUGAUGAUGAAACUGGAAAGAUCUCUUUUAAAAAUCUUAAAAGAGUUGCAAAGGAGCUUGGGGAAAAUCUGACCGAUGAAGAGCUGCAGGAGAUGAUUGAUGAAGCUGACCGAGAUGGAGAUGGGGAAGUGAAUGAACAAGAGUUCCUCAGAAUAAUGAAGAAGACCAGUCUGUACUGA